UUUUUGGUUUUGUGAGGGCAUAGUCUGUUGAGAAGCCAUGUUUAUGCUGGCUGCUUUUGUGACAACUGCCACUCUUCUGAUGUUUAAAGACUCUUAUUUAACCGGCCGGGAACUGUAGCCCUGGUCACAAGUCCGCGAUGAAAAAAGGAGAGAGGUUUCGGAGGGCACAGGAAGCGCUGGCUGCGACCUUCGCAUAGGAGGAUUCCAAACAUCCGUGAAUCAAAAUCCACCAGCAGCGGUUUAUUCUCCCGCUAGCUGCGGUCCCUUCCCCGGAGGCAAUCUGGCGGCCCUUCGGCUAGAGGCGGAGGAGAAGGAACUGGGGGCCAUGGCCUGGGUGCUGAAGAUGGACGAUGCCACCAUCGAGUCAGGGCUGGUACACGACUUCGAUGCCAGUCUUUCGGGCAUCGGGCAGGAGCUGGGGGCUGGCGCAUACAGUAUGAGUGAUGUGCUGGCCCUGCCAAUCUUUAAACAGGAGGACUCCAGUCUUCCUUCAGACUGUGAGAGCAGCAGUCUCAACCCUCCCUUCCAGUACGUUCUCUGUGCUGCCACCUCCCCUGCUGUCAAACUACACGAUGAGACACUCACCUACCUGAACCAAGGCCAGUCUUAUGAGAUCCGUAUGCUGGACAACCGAAAGCUGUCCGAGUUACCAGAGAUUAACAACAAGAGUGUCAAGAGCAUCGUUAGGGUGGUGUUUCAUGACAGAAGACUCCAGUACACAGAGCACCAGCAACUGGAGGGGUGGAAAUGGAAUCGCCCUGGAGACCGUCUCCUAGAUAUCGACAUCCCCCUGUCAGUGGGUAUUGUGGAGGCGAAGGCCAACCCCGCUCAGCUCAACGCUGCCGAAUUCCUCUGGGACCUCAACAAGAGAGCCUCCGUGUUUGUGCAGGUUCACUGCAUCAGUACAGAGUUCACCCCUAGAAAGCAUGGAGGAGAGAAGGGAGUUCCCUUCAGGAUCCAGAUCGACACUUUCAGACAGGGAGACAACGGAGAGUACACUGAACACCUCCACUCUGCCUCCUGCCAAAUCAAAGUCUUCAAGCCAAAGGGGGCAGACAGGAAACAGAAGACUGACAGAGAGAAGAUGGAGAAACGAACGUCUCAGGAAAAGGAGAAGUACCAGCCCUCCUACGACACAACCAUACUAUCAGAGAUGAGGCUGGAGCCCAUCAUAGAGGAGGCAGGAGACUAUGAGCUGAAGAAGUCCAGCAAGCGGACGCUGCCGGCUGACUGUGGGGACUCGCUGGCCAAGAGAGGCACUUGUUCUCCGUGGCCUGAUGCCUACAUCAGCUCUCCCCAGACAGCUGGCCCCUCUUUCUCCUCUACACCGCUCUCCACAUACACUGCCUCCUCUGUACCUGACAGUGGCCCCUCGUCGCCCAAUCACCAGACAGACCCUGUCAGCCAAGUCGUCACAGAGCAGCUCAGUCCUACAGCUACCAUCAAGGAGGCUCAGAAGUGGCUUGUCAAGAACCGCUUCAACACAUAUGCACGACUCUUCUCCCACUUCUCAGGUUGUGACUUAAUGAAGUUGACCCGGGAUGACCUGGUUCAGAUCUGUGGAGCUGCUGAUGGAAUCAGACUCUUCUACACACUCAGAUCCAGGUCGGUGCGUCCCAGGUUGACCAUCUAUGUGUGUCAGGAGGGUGAUGUGGAGAGCCCCCUGCUGGAGAGACGCUGCGACAGCGAGAACGGAGAGCACAGUGACUCACCUAACUUAUAUGUAUACCAUGCUCUAUACCUGGAGGAGCUGACGGCUGCUGAGUUGAUCAGGAAGAUGGCGUGUGUGUGUGGUGUUCCACUGGGACAGAUCAACCAGGUCUACCGACAAGGACCCACAGGAAUACACAUACUGCUGAGUGACCAGGUGGUUUAUAACUUACCUGAUGAGAGCUGCUUUCUCAUUGGCACACUCAAAGAUGAAACGGGGGAGGGGCUCCACCUGGUUUUGAAGUAGCGAUGGAGGACGAGAGCGUGAUGACAUCACUGAAAACUCCUCCCUCUGUGAAUAGCAGAGCAGUCUCCCUCCCUCCCUCUCUCUCUCCUAUCGUUCAGAUUGCUAUGUGUAAGGCAGAAGGACAGAGGGACUGAACUGAAGCCAUGUUAACGUUAGAAUCUGACGCGGGUGUGACCACUGUUUCAUAUUGAAAACACUAUUACUGAGGGGGAGAGAGGGAGGCUUGUGGCGUGUUUUAUUCUCUCCAUUUCUUUAUAGUUUUAUAAGUGGGGAGGGGUAGGCUGCCCCCCACAGAGAGGCUCAUAGAGGCAGUGCUUUAGGCUUCAGCCAGGGCUAGGCCAGUAGUCAGUGCUGUAAUGCCAUGUGACUUGAACAUACAGAUUGAUGGACAGACGGACCCCAGACGUUUGAUCUCUUUUGCUUUGACUGAGACUCGACCACUUUCACGGAAGCAGAGCUGGCAACUAAUAAACUCAAACAGAACAAACUGUCUAGAACAUGUCAGUCAUUCCUCUGAGGGCCAAAUGUCUGCAGAGUUUUGCUCCACCCUUGUACUUUAUUGGUGAAUUAAGGUCAGUAAUUAGUAAGUAACUUCCCUCACCUGGUUGUCUAGGUCUUAAUUGAAAGGAAAAACCUGCAGACACUCGGCCCUCCCAGGAAUGAGUUUGACGCUGAUCUUGAACAACAGUCUCUGUGUGGUUGUGUAUAUUGUGUAGAACACAGUAGUCUAGAUAUGAACGUUCUAGAUCUGUUCCCAGACAUUCUAGAACUAGUGAGGAUGGGGGUCCUCUUAGCCAAUCAAGUCAAGAUUUGACUGUUAGGCGUGUUAGCAUUCUGUUAGCCAGUGUCGAACAGGGCCUGUUCUGGUUCAUGUAUCAUAUGAACCAAGUCUGAUACCAUAAUAUACAGCCUGCUUUCAUAGACUAGACACAGUAAAUGUAAAUCCGGGACACUCAAAUUAGUAUGAUACACGACAUGACCAAAAGUAUGUGGACACCUGCUCGUCAAACAUCUCAUUCCAAAAUCAUGGGCAUUUAAUAUUGAGUUGUCCCCACCCCCUUGCUGCAAUAACAGUCUCAACUCUUCUGGGAAGGCUUUCACCUAGAUGUUGGAAUAUUUCUGCAGGGACUUGCUUCCAUUCAGCCACGAGCAUUAGUGAGGACAGGCACUGAUAUUGGGCUAUUAGGCCUGGCU